GCAGUUCUGUUCAGGGCUGUCGGUUUCUCAUCAGCAGCUUUGCACAGAGCUUGUUUUGUUUUGUCCCCUGCCGCCACCGCCCUGGAUUCCCCAGAAAUCUUGCUAGGAAUCCCUGCCUUCGUCCUGUCUAUUAAAAUCAGAGGCUGUUGAAGUUUGGAGCGCUGCAUUCCUCUGUGAGUGAGUGAGUGAGUGAGCGAGCGAACCCUGCCUGUGCUCGCAUGCUAAAGCCGUUGCCUCCUCUCCAACUAUUUUAAUCAUUUCAGAAAAAAAGGGGUGGGUCUGCCAGGCAUUUGGCAAGAGGCUCCUUUCCUCCAGUUGAGGUGGAGUCAGCCAAUGGCCUGGAAGCUUGGAAAAUUUUGCAGGACAGUUUCUCCGGACAGCUUUGCAAGGGUUGUGCCAUUUCAAUUGAAGCACACAUCCACACACUGCGCUCUUGGCUUCUGGCUCGCCUCCCAGAUCUGAGAGAUCUCAGAUUCAGCCUCGCCUUCUCUCUCUUGUCCCUGCAGUGUCAAACCUCUCCAGGCUCUGCUAGUCAGGACUCCUGAGCAACCAUGGCAGACACCACCCUCCAGAUCGUCGAGCAGCCAACAGUCUCUGAGGCCUCAGAGGAGCCAGCAGGUGAGACCGAAGAACCCAUCAAAUCUGACCAGAUCAAUGGUGUUAUGGUUCUUACCCUUCUGGACAAGAUCAUCGGAGCUGUUGAUCAGAUUCAGCUGACCCAGAGUCAGCUGGAGGAAAGGCAGCAGGAGAUGGAUGGGGUGGUGUCCAGCAUCCAAGGGGAGCUCGCUAAGCUCACGAAGGCCCACUCCACCACCAGUAAUACGGUCAACAAGAUGUUGGAGAAGGUCCGCAAGGUCAGUGUCAACGUCAAAACUGUUCGGCAGAACCUGGAGAAGCAAGCUGGCCAAAUCAAGAAGCUGGAAUCUAAUGAGGCAGAGCUGCUGAAGCGCAGGAACUUUAAAGUCAUGAUCUACCAGGUAAGGCACCUUUUGAUCUCUCCUGCUUGUGUCUUUUUCGGUUGGUGCAUAAGACCGUCCAGCAUGAGGGCGCCUCUUGCCUUCUAUAUGGGGCUUCCCAAAAUUCCCAUGCUACAGCUCGCCAUAUAUAGGAAAUUCAGGACUUGUGUCAUCACUGGAAUCCUAAAGAGAACAAAUGUAUUGCCCAAUUAUUUUGCGAAGAUUCCAGAGUUCGCCUUAAAUGCUACACCAGUGCAAACUUUGCAGGAAUUUGCCAAAGAACCGUAGAGGGAGCUGGGGGGGGGGGAAUAACCUGUUGUCUCGUGGCAGUAGAAAGCCAUCCAGUGUCCUUAAAGCUACAAAGCCUGGAAAUCCCUUUUUCGGUUUGUAAAAUGUGCUUAUUGGGGCAAUCAUUUGGGAAAGCAAUCUACACAUUUUCACAGGUAUCUGUUAGAGAAGUAGCAUUGCAGGGAGCACACUCCGACUGCAGGUUUGGUGCUAAGUCAGAGCUCUCUGUCCCUUGGGUCUGUGCUUUCUACUUUCCCUGCAAAACUAAAUCUGAUGCAGUGUGGGUUACAGAUUCUUUUGGCCCUGACCUUUCAGGCCCUGGAGCUUUUUCACCACUUCAGUGAGAGGUUGCUUUGUUCUGCUGUUUGCAGUCCUCUUUCUAACACGUUUGCUGGCUAGCCUUACAGACCUCCUAAUAUCAAACAGUUCAAAAUAGGCAGCUCUGAACCAUGCUUCCUAUUCUGUGGCGGUCUGGCCUUUAAUACCUGUGUUGGAGGAGAAGUAGGACAUUAUGAGAUAGGUUGCCCUGUCCUGUAAGGACAAACACACACACACACACACACACACACACACACACACACACACGGCUUAGGACAGAAAACCUACAAAAAUGUAGCUGCGUUUCUUACUAUCGCAACAUGAAAGGGGAUCUAGUUAUGUCUGGUUGAGGAAUCCGGCAAGUAGCUGACGGAUAUAGCCCUCUGAUUCACGGCUUGAGCAUUCUCAAUUAUAUCAUGCCUCAAAGGCGGGAAUACUCCAGUAUAUAAGGGUUAUGAACACCACCAAACCAGAUUUAUAAAUACACUUUAUCGGAAGCCUUGUAGAUUAUGUUGAGGGAAUUUCAGGCCCCACCAGUAGGAAAAUUGUGCAGGAGUGAGGAGAGAGAAAUGGAACAUGCAGCAGCCAACGGAGGAGGGAAUAGAAAGGAAAAUCUGUCUGUGCUGUUUUAUUUUUCAGGGCAUUUUACAAAUAUGAACACAGAUACUAUUUUGGAUGAGAUAUUUCCUCUCCCUUUUCACUGGAGUCUAAACAGUUAUGAGGUGGUGGCAAAAUGCUCUUGGGUUUUUGUGGAAACCAGAUCCGCAACCUGAUCUUGAAUAGGUUCUUGAACAGUGGAGCCUGGGGUUCCAAGUUGUGAAGGUGCAGGGAUAGUAAACUUUGGACUCCGUAAAGCACCUUCAGGGUCUGGUUCCCCUAGAAUGAACUCAAUAGGGAACAUGGGUGUGGUUCUGUUAGAUGUUGGGUUACUGUGGUGCAGUAUAGCGGUUAAGGGAAUGAGCCAGGAGCUAGUUCAAAUUGCAGCUCAUCCCUGGGGGAACUAGGUGACAAUGCACAGGUAACAAACCUUAAAACCUGUCUCUGUCAUAUGGGAAUAAUAAUAUUAACUUGUAGUACAGGAUGGUUCUUAAGAAUUUCUCAGAGAGCCCUGUGUGCAAUAGAGAAUUCCCAUCAAAAGUGCUAUAUAUACUAUAUAUAUACUAAGGCUGCAGCCCUAUGUGUCCUUACCUGGAACUUGAAGUGAAUUACCUUAAACUCAGUGGCAGUUGUUUCUGACUAAGCCUGCAUAGAAUUGGUUUAGCAUUGGCAUUAUAAUGUUAUUUUCUCAGUGAAUACCAGAUAUUGAUCAGAUAUACAGGAGGUAAAUUUCUCAGGCCAUGCAGAUAAUGGGUUUUCCACCCACCUUGCCAUUUUUCCUUUGGCCAUUCAAGAUAUUCAAGGACAUCCCAGUAAGCUGACAUGUCUUGAAUCGCAAAAAAGAUAAAUAAAAUAUAAGGGGUCCUACCCAUGUUGGCCCAUAAGAAAAAUCCCAAAAUCCACACUUACUGAAGUGAUUAUUCAGUGAUCCUGGUAUCACACCACUAGACCAAAUGGUAUCUUCAUUUUUUAUGAUGAUCAUGUUAUUUUCUCAUUUCUACCUCAUGGUUGGAGACAACAGGGAUUUUCUUGUUUUUGGGGACAAUGGGAGGCAGGAUAAGGAUAGAACCACUGGAAAGCCAUAAGCCAUGCACAUGGAAGCCAUUAGUGCCUUUCCUUGUACCUCCACAAAGCAGCAUUCCUUAUAUGCAGUUGCAAUGCUGCCUACUAUUUCUAUUUGAUAUGUAUUAGAUUUUAUAUCUCACUUUUCCUACAAUGGGUUCAGAGCAGCAUGUUAACCUCACAACAAUCUUGUGAUAUAAGAGAGGCUCGCAGUGGAAACCUGCUGGCAUAUUCUGAUGUCUCAUUGAGUUCCACAGGGCUUACUCUGAGGACAGCUUGUAUAGGAUUGCAGCGUGAGGGAUGGUGACUUGCUGCAGCCACUCAGAGAGCUUCAUGACUGAGCUAAGGACCUGAAUCCAGGAUUUCCAUUUCCAGAUAUCACACUCUAGCCAGUGCCCCACCAUGUUGGCUUUAGUAGGAGUAGCCACCUCAUAGUUGCCCAUUGUGGAGUGUUGGCAUUUUCCAGCGGCUGAACCGUUGGCUGAAAUAUUGUGAGUCUGGAGUUCAUAUCCCAGCAUUGCCCUUAAGAGUCACAUGCAUAUAGUCUCACGUAAACAUCCUUUGUUAACUUAUCUUUGAAAUGGGAAUAAUGAUGGCCAACCCUGCAGGCCUACAAUAAUAAUGAAGGAAAUGUAGUGAUGGCACAGGGUUGUGGUGGUGCGAAAAUGAAAUUAGAAUCACGAAGGACUUCUGUACGCCAUAAAGGGCUGCAGGAACAAUGAUUAAAUGCUGCCCUUUGAAGCAAAUAGAGAGCAAGCGCUUCCCUCACACGUAGCCCCAUAACACAGUGAUUAAUCACAAUGGACUGUAGGGGGCCUAGGAAAAGCUGGCGGUGUAUAUACCAGAACCUUGCCCUGUUGCAACAACUUUUCAAACAAUGGGAGAAAAUAGAUUUGCUUUCAAAGGGGGAUUUUUUCUCACUGAGGUCAGCCUGUACUGUUGCUGUGGAUGCUUCUGGCACUGUUUGUUUUGUUUCAGAAUUACUCUUGUCUUGCACGCUGAACAGAGCUUGCCAUCUGGGGCGAAAAUUGGGUUGCGCUGCUAAAAUACUAACAUUCCCUGUCCUGCAGCUAUAGGACUAACACUCUGAAAACUCUAGGCAGCAGAGUUUGCAGCCUUCAAUCUAUGCUUUUGAUUCGAGCUUUCAGAGAAUCCCAUCUAGGAUGACUUAGUGGGGUGGAGGUGGGGCACUAUAUGAAUACUGGGGAGUGGGGUGGCAGAGCAAGUUUGGUGCCAUGAUCUAGGUGAAUUAUUACUAUCAACCACAUCAGAGGCGGAUGAUUUCCUCAGAACUUAUUAAAGCAGCUGCUUGCACGGGUGUGACUGUGAACACUUUAGGACGCACUUUCGUUGUUGCUUCAUGCCCUCGUCAGAAUUAGCAAAUCAACAUGCACCAAGCUCAUGCGGCCUUGAGUAUGGCCUGGUGUUUGCUAAGGCUACUUGAGUACAGGGAGUGAGGACUGGCAGGUAGGAGUGCCAAGGUCUGCCCUCUACUUCUACUGUGUUCUGUCACCAUCACUUUGGUUGUCUCUAAGGCCCAGGCCACCUGACCUUGCCUACACAACUCACACUGCAACUGACAAUGAUUCUGUUAAAAAAAUAAGAGUCUGAAGCAUGUUAGGCAAUACCUAGAGCACAGUAGACAGUCCUGAGGAGCCCUUCUUUAAAAACUUUGAAAUAACUGCUGUCUGCAUUUGGGCAUUUUAAUGCAUUACACACACAGGCCUGAGAGUCAAGCUGAGUCUUCGAAUUCUCCUUAGGCCACAGCCCUCACUGGAUCUGUUUUGCACCCCAAAUAUUUUUGCCUGGCUGUAACAUGCCCUUCAACUCUGAUAAUGCCUCUUGCUGGCCUGGAUGGAGGAUAGAGAAGAUUGUGUGAUGGUAUGUAGAAACCAGCCUAGCAUACGAAGGUGAAAUGUAAAUUUGUUCUUCUGCCACUUUUGCUUCUGAUACCACCCACCAUUGCCAUCUGGCCCUUGUUCAGAAGGGAGUGUGGCCCUCAUGUUGAAAGUGUUUCCCCCACCUCUGCAAUUACCCAAUAGCAAACCCUGGUUUAUCACUGAACACAGGUUUGGCAUUCAUGAUUUUGGUACAAUACGUCUGCAGAAUCUUUACAGUUUGAAGGGUGCACACUUAAAACAUUGUAGAUAAUACUCCAAAAUGCAAUGUGUGAAUUGCUCCUUUGUGAAAAUAGAAUCAGGGUGUGGCAUUUGUUCUGGAUUUAUUCAAUCUGGAAUGAGUAGGUGGUGUUAUGAGUACCUCUUGUGCUGACUCCUUGGAAAUGCUGCUUGUUUUCCUGCCUGGAUCAUUUGGAAUUCCAGAUCAUUCACAGUCUUUGACUCCUGUCUUUGGUAGUGCUGUUUAGAUGCCAAUGAGAUGGAAUUAUUUUUCCACAUCUUUCCAUUAUUCCUUGCUUCUCUUCCCUGCAUUGUGAUGGUGGUAGUAGCAUCCUUGGCUUACAGUAAAACAGAGGGGCUGACCCCUUCUCACUUUUAAAGGCAGCGGUGGGAGCUUGAGGCAAAUGGGAGAAAGAGUUUGUCUUUCUAGAUCUCUGUCUACAUGUCCUAUUUGUUCUGGCCACACGUAAUCUGACAGUUGUACUUACAAACAUUCCUAUGAUUUUGGCAAGAAUGCCAAAGAAGCUUUCUUUGGUGUAAACACAAAAGUGUAGGUGGGUGAGGGAAUGACUUUCUCUGCAAGACGAUUGCCAUGAAUCAAGAGGAAGAGAGAACAAUAUGGGCUGCCGAAAACCCAUCCUUGAUCAUCAGAAGCUGCACCCCAAGUCUCCCUUUGGCUGUGAACUACUGUCGGGCUGCCGGCACCUCUUCAAACUUUCCAGCAGAACCACAAGGCAGACAAAAUUCUUGGAGAUUUUCAGGGUUCUCUUACCUACACCGUGUAUUGAAUUCACACACACAACCUUGAUGACAGUCAUUCAUUACUCCUGUAUGCAAACCCUUCAUCUGUUCUGAUAUAUUUACUUCCACACCAAUUCCACAAGAGAAGAAGAUGGUUCUUCAUUUGUCCUAUAUGCAACAGGAGCAAAACUGCAGAGAGAAUCCAUGAUUUGGCCCAACCUGCAUAUGGACUCUGUGAUAUACAUGUGCACCCAUGCUCACACACUCGGGCAUGUGGUUUGCAGUGUCAAAGGCAACCUCACCCCACCUGUUCUCCUCUCCUCACUUUGGAGUUUACUGUAACACAGCAGCCUCUCUUUGUCAGAAGAACAACUGCAACUCCUGGAUGCUGCAAUGUGCUUUUGACGAAUGAGUUCUUGUCCUUCGGUCGUAAAAAUCCAUCCCAGUUAGAGCCGCAGAAGGCCCUAUAAGGCCAUGCCUGCGCCCUCUCAUGGGAGCCAGCCCUGGGAUUGUUCUAUCUAUUUUCGGACUCACUCGUGGCCUCAAAGCUGCAGUUCCCCAGUGACACCCAGAGAAUUCAGCUUCAUGGUUCCCAUCGGCACCAUUUAAACAGCAGUAUCUCAUGAUAAUCCUUGGCUGCUAGCAAAAAAGGUUACUUUUUCAAAUUUCUAAAUGAAGAAAAAGCUCUGUAUCUAGAUGCAUAGCGUUGUUUCUCUGCCCACGUAGAAUGCAGAAUCUGAAGGAUUUAUUAUUAACAUGUUGCUGCUCUUGCUGUUUAUUUUAAAGCAACAGAGGCUGGAAACAUGGCCUUGUUGGAAUGCUGUUUGCAUUGUCGAAACAGAUUGUGCGGUGCAGCAAUAAAUUGGCUCAGAACAAGGCAGCUUGAUGGAAGGAAGCAACAUUUCCCAUUGGUAUUCAAGAUAAGAUAAAGUUGGGAAGAGGAUAAAAGUGGGGCAUGGUGCCAUAGUGGUACCUAAGUUAUAACGACAGCUACAACAAUAAUAGUACUUGCGGGCCUACAGAAAUAAAUGCAGCACACUUUUCAAUUGGAAGUAAUUACAUCUCAUUCCAGCCAUGAACAAAGUUGUAUCUUUUGCCAGACUUUAGACAUCAAAAGAGCUUGCUAUCAAUCUCAAUGAAAUAUUUAUGGAGCCAUUUUAUUUCUAUCCUCUCAAUCAGCAUUGUUUAUCGAGUUGUAAAUUCAGCAGCCCUUCCUUGGGAACAGGGCAAGUCAGGGAAGCCUUUACAUGAAGGAUGGGGGCACUGUGGCCCUCCAAAUGUUGUUUGACAACAUCUCCCAUAAUCCUUGACAACUGUCCAUGGAGCCUGAGGCAGAUGGGACCUGGAGUCUAGCAACAUCUUGAGGGCCACAGGUUCCAUAGCCGUGUUUUACUGAACCAGUUUCCUUUGGAGUCCAGAGCACUGGGACCAUACGGUAGCUUCGUACACUUUUUCUCUUUCAACAAAUGUACAAGCUGAGUAGGCUUUGCAUAGGCACAGGUAAUCAGUGCUAAUUCCAAAGCAAUAGAAGUCUAGCACCCCUAAACCCUGGAGGAAAGAGCACAGCACAGUAAUAGUGUAUUUUGCAUGUUCAGUCCCCAGCAUAUGCAAGCAGAGCUGGGAAAGAUUCCUGUCUCCAUCCCCAGAGAGUUGCUAAGGCAGUUCCCUGUGUCCCUGAAAACAGCUCUUUCACCAAAUCAAAAAGUUAUUUUACUUUGCCAUGCCUUUUGCAACCACUGCCAUGCAAAACUGAUUUUCAGCCCCACCACAAUUUUAGAAUUGGGUGUGACAUGACUUUAGACAAAGAGCAGCUGCACUAUCCAUUAAGCAGGCACCUAUUGUUUGACAUCAACUGACAGGUUAUAACAAGAGAAAGGGGAGCAAGAGAGAGCACCCACAUGCACACGCUCUUCGCUGUGCUCUCUGGCUAUAAUACAGUUUGGGACAGUGAGAAUUCAUCACACUGAGGCUGUACUCAGGGGUUUAGCUCCAUGAUUUAUGUGAGAUGGAGAAACGAGGAAGCAAAAUGCACCAAAAGUAGAGAAAAGAACAAGUGAAGAAAAGCCAUUUGGGGAAGACAUUUGUUACCGGAGGAAAUGGGCAGUCUAAAAAGUACUUCUGCAUAAAAACAGACUUCCCUGAAAAGUUUUAUUCUAGGUGCAUUUGUUACAAAAGGGAACCAAGCCUACCUGUGGUCCCUUUUCAGGCUCCUGGAGUAAAUUCCAAACCUGACAAUGCCUGCAAAACAGAACAAAGACCAGAGCAGGAGGCUUUUGUUGAUUUUGUAUCAUGUCGGGGGAAGGAAAAGCAGAUUAAACAUUUAGAACAGAAUGCCACAGGAUGUUUAGUCUGCACCUUGAGGUAGAUAUGGCUUAGGUUGGGGCGUGUGUGUCUUACUCCACCUUCUACAGGCUGUCUUGUGAGUUAUGGAUAGCUUCAGGGAGAAGGAGAAAGAAACUCCGGAAUCAGUCAACUGACCGGUUUGCAUUGAAAGAUGGGAUAGGCAUUUGAAGCAGAAAGUGCAUUAAUUUUCAGAAGGAAAUAAAAGUUAUUUUUCGGUUGCAAGUUUUUAGGGUUGCAGCACAACCUCUUUCCUUUUUAUCCCCAAGACCCUCCCUGCCCCUCCAAACAACCUUCAGUAUCUGACAGAUAAAAGCAGGCACAAAUGUGGUCAGGUGAAAUGAGAAAAAAGACUAGCAUUUACUUCAGUAAUGAGGAAGGAAGGCACUUAGUAGCGGAACAUAGGAAAUUCUGAAAAAUAUCAAAUCACAGGAAGGGAAGCCUCCUGUUUUUGCAGCCUGCAAAAAUCAGGGUGGGGUUCUUAAGCACCCAACACGCCAUAACUCAUUGGUGGUGGGUUUGUGGUUACCUUGGGUGAAUCACAAGUUGUUCAGACCUGGAAUAGCAAGUCACCUGUGGCGAGUAAAAACGGUCCACAGCGAGACAAGAAAGGAAGCUUUCAUUUCUUUGUGGGCUGAAAAUGCCUAUUAACAUAGGUGUGUGAGAGCAGGGGCCUGUUACUUUUUUGGGGGGAUGAGGGAAUUCUUUGCCCAGCUGCUAUGGGCACCUUUGCUUGCGCAACAUCCCUGCUGCCGUGAUAAUGACUUGGCCUGCGCCUGGCGGCUGUGGCUGUGCUUACCAAGAAGCCUUUGGAACCCUCGAUGGUGCCCACUGAUCAUUCCUUUUCCUCAUCUUAGCCCAAGAGCAUCCGUGGACCGUCGCCGGAGAGCAUGCCCUUUGGCCUUUCACCGGAGAGCAUGCCCUUUUUGGAAGACAGUGAGCCUUCUGAGCCUUCGGAAGAGACUUUGCCUUCUGAGAAUGGGCCCUGGCCCCAACCAGCGCAGGAUGAGAAGGGAGGCAGCCACUCUAACCCAAUGGCAAAGCCAUCCACAGAUCAUACUGAGCCCCUUCUCCUGAGACUCUGAAAGCAGCUGACCAGGCCCCUGCGUAAUGGCUGCUGGCCUCAUUGAGACCCAGGGCCCUGCUCCUUCUGCUUGCAGAGAGGUCCUGGUUCAUUUUUGCUUCUUGGUAGACCAGAGGGCGGGGCAGGAGGCUUCUGCUUUAACCAUUGUGUGUCUUUUUGCUGUGUUUGCAUAGUCGCCUCUGGAAGGGAAGGAGAAAAGGAGAGCAGGAUACUCGGAGCUCUUGGGUGCUAUGCACUGUUCAGUUUGUAAUGCAGCUUAUUGGGAAAAAGGGGGGAAGAGAGGAGGGCCACAAGCCCCACCCUUGGCCCCCACCAACUUUAGCCAAAUCAUGGCUUCCCAUAGCCUUCUCUUAACAAUUAUAGGGCUCUCACAAAAGAUCCCUCUGGUACACCCCCCCCCAUUUUUCUUACUAUAAAGCAGUAUAAAUAUGAAAUUAUUAUUAUUAUUAUUUAUUAAUUAAUUUUGAGCACUGUUUGAUAGUCUUGAACAAGGUACAGCUUCUCUCGUUGCUUUAGCUUAUCUUUCCGUGAAAAUGGGAGGGAGUCUGCAGCCAUUUUGAAGCUCAGUGGGAGCGGAUUUCAGGCAUGAGGAAUUCAGAGCAAGAUCCAAAGGGCUGCUCAUGGAUACAGUCAAAGAUUGCAUUGCUCCUUCUUUUUAUGAUGAUUAUUUUUAUUCCUCAUACUCACUGUAGAAAUGAUAACGAUCAAAACAAUGCAACUAAAGAACUAGGUUUCAAUCAAUAAAAGCCGGACACACCCUCUUUCCUCAAAUGAAUAUGUGCUUUUUCUUGCAUGCAUAGCCUAUAGUUGGCUACAAAUGUAGAUGCUCCUGAGAAAUAAUUCUAUGUGGUCUAAAACCCAGGGUGGAGAUUCCCCUCUCUCCACGCCACCUGACUGCCACCAUUCCUUUGAGGAAUUGUUGUGCUUUUCAUCCCACUGAGCUGAACACAAGGAUAUAUUAUAUCUUCUUGUCCUCCAGAAACACCCUCUCAGGUCCUCUAGAGCAGUGUUCCCCAACCUUGGGCCUCCAGCUGUUUUUGGACUACAACUCCCAUCAUCCCUCACCAGUGGUCAAGGAUGAUGGGAAUUGUAGUCCAAAAACAGCUGGAGGCCCAAGGUUGGGGAACACUGCUCUAGAGCUUCUUUUCUCCUUUUCCCCCUAACAUGUUCCUGAACAUCACCAUCUGCUUAACUGCUUGGUUUGGCUACUGCAAUCUUAGGGAGCUGGCAGAAGAUGAACUAACAGGUACAAGCAGUUUGAGAAUGGCCACAAGCUCUGGACACUCCAAGUAGACAUUUCCCCGAGGUCAAUGCAUGGGAAGGGGUCUGAGUGUUGGUGCCACCUUGCUUCAUGUGUGCUUUGAGCCUGGCAACAGGAUCUACCUGCUGUAUGUUAGCUGGCAAGUGACAUUUUCAAAUCUCCCUCACUGUCGUGCAAACUAGCUUGCCCUGGCAAGGUGGCACAUCUCGGCAGAGUCCUGCCCAAAGCAAUGUGUGUGCCAAGGGGUCACGUAAAUGGAAAUCAGCUCCUCUAAGUUUUUGGACAGCAUCAAAUUCAAGAGGUAGCAAAAUUAAAACUGGACAAAUCAUGGGUCUUCUGAAAAUCUAAAGUGCAUUCUUCAGGGAUUGUUUUGGGUCCUGAGUAUGAAAUAAUAAUGUAUAUUUGGCAGCCUUUGUACUUGAGCAAAAGGUUUGAAUGAAAGUAAUGCUCCUCUUUAACUCAGCUCCACAAAAUAAAUAUUUCAUGGGAUUUUGAGAGACAUCUCUACAAGGUUUUUUUCUUGUUUCUAAUCCACGGAUGGGUAAUCCCACCCCAGAUCUAUUCUGGUUCCCUAAGAAUACCAUAUUUGAAAUACUGUGGGUUGGAGUUGGACUGCUAGUUCCUAUUGAAAUCAUUGGGACAGAUUGGGCAUGUCUUAAUGUAAGGCUAUUGAUUUCAGUGAGAACUAAGGUAACGAACUUUAUCUGGAACGUGCUAUGUGUGUAUGUGUGUGUGCAUCAGCCUUCCCUACCUUGGUGCCCACCAUAAAUUUUGGACUGCAAAUCUGAGCCAUCCAGCUGUCAAAAUUUAAACUGUUGGCUCCUAAGAGCAGAGGCCUGUCUCCUAUAGCUUAGGUUGCCUUGCACAAUAACAGUGACUGGAACCAUAAUAGUAAUCCACCUGGAAGUUCUCCUGAGCAAGCUUUUGUGAAGCUCCCGAGCUUAUGCAGGAGAAUAUUCUGCAUUGUACCUUUUAUCUUUGCUAUGCAGAAGUCAGCUACUGUAAGGUUUUGCUUUUGUUUGUCUUUUUUAAAAAGAAUGUUCUGUUCAAAGCUCAAAAUAGGCCCAGUUUCUUGUCUGAAGAAAAGUUUGGGGGCCCUAGAUCUCUUGCAUCAUUUUAACAAACUCCUAUUAUUAAAUCAGCUCUGUAAGCAAACCCACAAAAAUUACUAGUCUGUUUUUAUUUAUUUUAAAAACCCCUUACUAGCCUGCUGGGGACUCACAGAGGAAGUUGAAAAGAGCUCUGCCCCUCCUGCAGCUGUCCACUGCAUUUUUAUGGGGUGUAUGGAAAAGGAGGGCAUCUCCCAUUUGCCAGCCUGCUUGGUUUCUGUGCUGAGCCCAGAGGAGGGAAAGGGUGUGCCAUUCUGCCUCAGCCAGCCCACUCAUUGUGCUUCAUCGAAUUCCAUGCCUUUGUCUGUAUGCAGCUCCUUCUCACUUAUCGCUAGCAGCCAGCAAGUGUUUAAAUACAAGGCUGCAUUAAAUGUAGGUGUGGCCUGCUGUUUUCACACUCAACGACUAGGAAUCCUUGUGUUAGCAUUUGCGUUCCCUGAAAGCAGGGCCCAGACUGAGGCUGACCCCAUACAGGUAGAUGAGUGGGCUGUUCUUCAGGGGCGUGACGCCACUGUGAUUUUUGACAGAUGCAUAUCAAGCAGAAAUUCACCCAGAUAGGGUUUUUUUCAGCCUUGAGGUCUAGCAAUGGGAAAAGGAGGAUCCUGUUGAACCUCAAGCCUGCUGUGCAGCUGUUAAAGGCAUAUAGAGCCCACGUCAGGUGCAGCAAAGCUGGCAACUGUGUGCUGGAUGGACAUCCCACAUUCCAUUUGGCGAAAAGAAUGAGCAACCUCAUAUAUGCUGUUUCUGGGCAGGUCAUCUUGGUAAACUGGAGCGUUUCCUGACCUACGGCUACAUUUGCUGCUAGGAAAUAAAUUUAUCAUCUGCCUGAUCCCAGUUGUAGGCUUGUUCCAGUUUGGAAUUUUAGCUGUCCAACCACACCCUCACUGAGAGAGGAACACAGAUUUCAGAUGCUUCUGUAGAGUGAAGAGCCUCAUUAUUUUCCUGGCUGGGCAUAGGAGGCCCCCUCCUGGCGUAUGUGUUUCAAAUUCCUGCCUUAAUCUCUCCCUCCUGAAGCCGCACCUAGCGGGCAAGGCCAGGGAAAGAGGAGGGAGGAUGUGGAACAAUGAAGUGCUUUGCUGUGACUAAGAAGUACAGAAUUCACACUCGGCUCCUUUGGAGCCAGGCUCCCAAGCAGAUUUCUGUUGCUUCCAAAUGCACAUUUAAGAAGUCUCCCAUACUCUGCUGGUCUGGGAUGGGCAAGAGAAGAGGUAGGCAGAUGGAUAGCUAGAUUGUACAGGUGAUGAGAUCUGUGUCUGUCUAAUCUUCAUCAAGAUUUUAAUCUGGAGAAGAGAUUGGCCAAUGAGGAGCUUGCUUUGGUCCCAGAAAAUUGUUUUUUGUGUAGUAUUCACCCUUGGGUUGGAUAAAAAUGCCUACUAUUUAUCACUGUUGUUGUUCUUGUAGAGAAUUUAUGGGCUGCCCAAGCUUCCAAGGCAGCACAUAGAUAAAAGAAUAAAACAUUACAAUAACAUUAUCUCUCCAGUAUGUGUUUCUGUUUCUAGGGGUGAUACCUUUCUCCUGCACUGCAUGUACUUUAUUUUCUUUCUGGGAAAAUCAACUUUCCGUUUGGAUGAAAGAAUGGAUAGCAAACUAUAAAUAAAGUGGUUUUCUUUCCUGCACCCUCCAGAGAACAGCACAUCUGUUGUUGCUGUGAUUGUAGUGUAGAACCUGGUUGUAUCAAAUGUCACAGGCAUAAGUUUGAUAUUUGUGGCAGCAAGCAAUGUCACUCUCCCACAGUCCCAUCUGCAAACCUUGUGCCAUUUUUUUUAAAAAAAGUUUGUAUUUUCAUUCAUUCAUAAUGCAAUUAGGGAUGCAGUCAUAUGCCUACUAAUUUAGUAGGCAUUACCCAACAGCAUUUCUGAGUAAACAUUGAGAGAAUUGAACUACAAUACUGUGCAUGCUUACUUGGACUAAGCCCAAGUGAGCUCUAUGUAACUUGAUUAAAACUACAUAAGGAAAAGUAAUGCAGCCGAGGUGGAAUCCUAAACAUGCUUCCUAGGAAGUAAAGGCCAAAGUUGAAUUUGCACAGUAGAUGUAACAGUGCCCUGAUUUUCUUUUUAAAAUUAAAAGCAUCUAUAGAAAGUUGCAAAUUUGAUAUGAGUAAUAUAGGAUGGGAAAAGGUGCAUAACAUUUAACCCUCCAGCUGUUUUUGCACUCAGAAUACCCUCUCCCCCAGCUGCUGUUCCCACAAAGGAUAUACAGUAUUUGGCAUACCAAUUUACACUUUGUGUAGUUUUCGUUUACUAAUGAAAUAGGGAUGAAAGUAGGGAAAGGUUGGUUUUUCAUUGGAAAAAUGGAUAAUAGCUUUUGCUUAUUACGGUAAAUUUUAAGUUAUCUUAAACUUCAGGUUUGGGGAAAUGCAUAUUGAUUUAUUAAUUGGGUCAAAGUCAAGCAAUGGGUGGUAUUCAACUAAGUUUCACUCUGAGUAGACCCAUUGAAAUUAGUCAUAUUCAUUAAUUUCAGAGCAAAACCUAGCUGGAUACCAUCCAAUAAAUAAAACCCUUUUGAUCAGUUGACAGCUCAUUUUACAGGUCAAGCAGUACAGCAAUGCACCAGUCCAGCACAGGAGCUUUUUUUUUUUUUUUUUUUUUUUUAAAAAAAAAAAAAAAAAGGACGGAAGGAAGGAAGGAAGGAAUGGUGAACACAAGCAAUGUUACUUCUCCACCAAAUCUGUGCCAUGCCAUUCUUUGACCCUUUUCUUUCCCAUCCAUUAUUAUUUGGAAGCUGAACACUCCCCCUCUUCAGUGCCAGAGUGCACAACAACCCUGUUUGUUUUUUCCCCUUUCUUUCCCUCUCUCUCUUUCUCUCUCUCUCUCAUAAUAAAUGGCAAUACAACCAUAUCCCCCCUCUCAGCUCCACACAAAACUAUUACAGGUAGAUGACAGACAAAAAACAGCAUCCCACAGCUGUGGUACAAGUCUGGCUUUGCAACUAAAACGACAGAUGUGAAUACAGUCGAACCUCGAUUUACGUAACCCUCUGGCUACGUAAACUUCAAGAUGCGUGCAUGGCAAUCUUGCAAGUAUUUUACCAGGUUUCGCCCACGCAUGCAUGCGCAGAAGCUGUCCUCAGGUUGCGGAAACCUCGGGAUCCGAAUGGACCUCCGGAACAGAUCCUGUCCGCAACCGGAGGUACCACUGUAUACAGUUCAGGCAACUCUUUGCUUUUUAUUUUAUAUUUAAAGUUCAGGCAUUUACCUAUUCAUUCAUUGCAUUGACUCUUUAUUUUUCAAAAAGGAAACUUCUUUUUAAAGCACAAAAAAUGGGUGGCGAGGGAGUUUCUUGGUGGCAUCACUGAAGGUCCAGGUUUGCAGAGCUGCGACAUCCCCCCCCCCCCGACCAUGAUACUGUAGGAGAAUAUGCACAUUUGGCUCGAUCUCAUUGAGGACCCAAGUGCUUUGAAAACAUCAUUUUCUUGACCCAAAGAUUAAAAUAUGGUAGUGAUGUAAGUUUACUGGCUGUCUGGAUAAGCCCAUAUUUAUUUGGAGUUUGAAACCAUGCCCCUUCCCUUCUCUUGAAGCCUGAAUUGGGCUGACGGUGCCGCUGUUUUUGCUUCUCUCAUGCAACCGCACUCUCAGGCCUUUAGCUGUUCCCUACGCCCCCGCCACCCCCAGUUUCAUAACGCCAGGCCCCACCAGGCUGGGAACAUCACUCGUCUUUGUGUCUUGUUGGCCUUUUAUACAUGAAGGGGAGUGUUUAUAUGUGUUGUAGCAACCAGGCGGUUUGAGUGUGCCCAUAAAGACUGCUGGAUCAGUGACUCACUGCUCAGGAACGUGGACUUGGAGGGGGAACACAUGGAGGGGGAAGCAGGAAGGAAAGCUGUCCUGUGGAGCUCGCAAGUUGGGAGGGAGCAAUACACAGCUGAGCCCUUCUACUUUGCCUCCUUGCAGCUCCCAUAAAGGUGUACCCAGCCUUCCCAGGACCUGGAAAUCAAGGACUUUGGAGUGCACAAGCCAGACUCCCCUCUUUCCUUUCUGUGUGCAGCCGAAAGCAGAGGUGGGGUACUGAGGGUCAGCAACAGCACUCCCUUUUGAGUCUAUAUUGCUUCCAGGACAAAGGAGCCAAUUUGCUCUUCCUUGUUCCUCCCAGUAGAUUCCAGUCCCCUUUUGUGCCUUUGGUUGUGUACGCACACAAACAGCAGCUGAGGAAUUAAUGGUGUACUAGCAUCCUUGCUUCCUAAUUUUCAAAGUGUGCUCUUGCCAGGGAAUCCUGGGUUCCUCUUCCUCAGGAGCGAAUAAGUUUCCUCAGUGGGGACAUCACUAUCAGCAGGUAAGCUUCCCUAAAAGGCUCAUCUACUCCUGAGCUUCAUCUCAAUGCACAGCCACAUGGGGAAUGUUGGAUGCAUUCCAGGGCACAGUCUCAGUUCACACAAGGUAACGGCUAUGAGACCCAAUCCAGGCCCCAUGUGAACUAAGUACAAGCCCUGGAACAGGCCCCAAUUUCCUUUUGCAGUGCGCUGAGGGUUUCAUGGCAUACAUGCAGAGGUUCCUCAUGUGGAAAGGGUACCCUCAUGGCAAAACAUUUAUUGUUUCCAAGUGGCAGGCUGUGUGUCUUACUCACAAGUUGUUGGUGGACUGACUGGGAGGGUUCCAGACUGCCACUUUGCAGGCCAUGCCAUGCUAGACCCUUUGCCUGGCAAACCCAUCCUUUUUUUGGUCAAAUUUACUGCUAAAGGACAAGGAGUCGUUUUGAAACCUCAGAACUGAAAUGGACUAUGCCAGGAAUUGCUUGACCAAAACUAGCUAGAGCCUCUCUUCAACAGAUCUGCUUGUCAUUUGUAUCAUCAUCAUCAUCAUUAAAUUUGCAUCCUUAUAUCUCAGGGUGGUUCACAGCAUAAGAAUACAAGAUAAAACACAGUCUAGGGUGCACAUGGAUGCGCUCAUGUCAAGUGUGCUCUAGCUUAGCAGUUUCAGUCACAAAUUUCUCCACUCAGAAUCCAGUGUGGACUGUACCAACUGUUCCCAGAGCAUAUUGGGGAGGGGGCGUGGCAGGGGGGCCAGACUAUUUCAAACAUACCAUCAGAGGUGUGUUUUUUUGAGAGAAAAUUCUCUCAAAAUCCCCACCCAAGACUGUGCUGCUUCCAGUCAUCCAUUCCUUUUCCUUCCCCUUCUACCACAAAUUUAAAUGUGGUAGUACAGUGAGCCCCACUUGUUCAUGCCAGUUUUGAGAAUACUUUCGUUGCGUUGUUGUGUUAGAAUCAUAGAACUGUAGAGUUGGAAGGGACUAUGAGGGUCAUCUAGUCCAACCCCCUGCAAUGCAAAUAUUUUGUCCAACAUGGGGCUUGAACACAUGACCCUGAGAUUAAGAGUUUCGUGCUCUGCUAUGUGCCCUCUCCAGUUUUUGUUUGUAUGCACACUGGCAGUGGGAUAAGUCUGUAUAUUCUUGCAUACUUUGUUGAAUGCUGAGUACUGUAGCUGCUGUUGGUCAUAGCUCACUUCCAUUUAAGUUUAAACAGUAGAGCUUGACAGAUGGAUGGUCUUGAAACUUGCAGGUUUGAAACCUUGAGGACUUGAAACCUGCAGCUCUUUAAAAGAACAAAAGCUCAGAAUCAGGAUUCUGCUCUGCAUGGCAGACCAUGUUCCAUGAUUUGUGGUGUAGUAGUUCAUCAUGUGUGCCAUAAGCCGGGGGGCAGUCAAGACGGGACCUACGUGCAACAGAGGGGGUGUUUGGAACUCGCCCUUCCUUGCACAAAUUUUGUGAAGCCAAGGAGCCGAUAAGGAUCAGAGCUGUCCGGAUAUGGCCAGCUUCCAGGUGUAGCUAUGCCACUCUGGAGAGGGGGGCAGCUUUUGUUCAGGCUGUCAUUGUGUGACUUCCGGGGGAAGGAAGUGAUUCCUGGUGUUGCUGGUCCAGCGGUGGCCGGAGUCUCUGGGAGAUGAGGAAUUGCCCUCGCAGGUGUUGUUGUGGAGAAAAUGACUGCCCUUGCUGGAUUUGGGGGCUGGGGGGUGGUGGGAUAUCCUGAUUCCGAAGAACCACCCUUUCCCCCCAGAGGCCACAUGUGAAGUUUGUCCCAGAUUUGCAGACUUUAUUACUAAAGCAGAUGUUGGCGCUGCAUAGCCAGUAAAAGAUUGGAAAACCAGGGCAGCUUGUGUGAGUAAACAGCAGAGGGUUUGGGUUAGAAAAAUCACUUCUGCUCUGUUUGAUUGUAGAAUGGGUACUCUCAGUGCCAGAAACUGAGAAUCCAAGAUUCAAAAUCCCACUAAAUAACUAUUUCUAAAGUUUCCGUUGUUGUUGUAUGAUGGGGUUUUUCUUUACCAGCCUUUGCUAACCUGGUACUCUCCGGUGGUUUUGGAAUACAACUUCCAUCAGCCGCAGCCAGCACAGCCAUUCUGUACAGUUCAGCACUGGACCUGGUUUUUCUCAGGCAUUGCACUGCUUGUCUGGCAAACACAGGGCACCUGCAAACCUUAAAACAGUAAUAUCUGCCUGAUACCUGACGAGGACAACACUAAAAGUACCACCAUAUCCAAAAACAGUUUGUCAGAGCAUGUUGACCUGGGUAAGAAGGACUGCUGUAGUCAUUUGAUUACAUGCCAGAUAGAUUAUUUGAGAUGUUAUCGCAAUAACAACAGCCCUAUGAGGUAGACAAGUGUUUUUAUCGCUGUGUUGGGGCUGAAAGUUCAUGGCUUACUUACAGCCACCAGCUGAACCCAUGCAUAAGAGAAAAAAGGUCUAAACUCCUAGUUCAACACAUUCUGUUAUCACUAUGCUACUUAAAUAGCCAAAGUCCAUGUUAGAACCAGAUUCUGUUCUCAUUGGGAAAGCAACCAGCCCAAUCCUCUGGAUGCCUGUAAAAUAGGUGUCACUGUAGCCACAUACACACUGUUGAAAGUUACUCUAGGUCUAGGAUAUUUGACCAGUGAUGCUAAUGCCCCACCGUGACUCUUUUCUUCCAGCGAAGAUCCUCAGGCUUCUACCAUGGCUGCCCCUUUAAGGAAGCCCCAGUCCUCCUUUCCAGGAGACAGUCAGGCCAGCUGAAAAGAAGAGCAGAGUAGGGAGCAGCUGGCACCACCAAGACCUAAUGAAGGGCUCUUGGAGCUCAGAAGUUUAAAUAGCCAAGAGGUAGUAAUCAGGAGAGGAAGAAGUCUGACUUGACGGAGAAGGAAAGAGAGGAGCAGAGACCUGAGAGACAGCCAUCUCUAGUUUCCAGUGCAAUUUCUUUCUCAGCCAGGGCAUGGGGGACCUGACAAGAGGCUCUCCCUACCACCCUAGUACUCUUGGUAGAGGAUAUUGGGGAACCUAGCCAUUUGAGUGCCCAUUGGGAGUCCUUAGAAGGCACCAACAAGAGGACUGAUCCCUCCCUAUAUCCCAUAGAUGUGGGGAAAGGGCUAUUGGGGUGCCCCACACCCCACAAGCUAGAAAUAACCCAUUGUGAACCACCCAAGAUGAUUGGGGCUGGAGUGAACACCUGGUGUCUACAGCAGAUAUCAUUGGAGAGGACCCAGGCAUGGAGAAAUGUGAGAGAACUUUCUGAGAAGGUAUUGCUAUUGCUUUGAUAGUUUGUAAAAAAUUGGGACUGUAUUACCCAGGAAAAGGUGUGUGAGAUUGGGGGCCUUAGCUUGCAGCGAGGGCCGUAGCUCAGUCCAUCUGGAGCUGCUGCACAUUGCCUGCCUUGCCUUGAAUUAGGACUCAUGUUUGAGCAUAUUCACCCAUAGACUGUGGGACAGUCAGUGUGCUGGUCCCUUUGGGCAAUGUAGCUCUGUCCCAGCUUAACACCUGCAGGGCCUUGUAUAAUAUAUCCUCCAUGUGGCACCUCAGUUGCAUUGCCUGCCACACCAGUGCAGCUCUCUGGACAUUUUGCUGUAUUGAUGCAACCCCACAAAUCGUAAGCUUUUCUUUGUCAUGUUUGGACCCUUUCCUUCCUUUGAGGAGCUCAAGGUGGCUACCUAGGGCUAUCUCAUUUUAUUAUUGUAACCAACGUGUGAGGUUGUGAGAAAUGACUUGCCCCAUGCAAGCCAGUGGUCUUCACAGAUACGUGAGGAUUUUCAGCUUGGUCUUUUUCUCACAUGUCAAGCCUGCAUUCUAGCUACUGCUGCAAAACAAAGAAGCCAAAACCAGUCUGUUGAAACGCUGCCGUUAGUCACAUUGCUUGAAAGGGUGGUGACCAGAAAUGACUUCUUAAAAAAUCAUUUAUAAAACAAUCAUAGCAGCAUUACUUUGUAAUAGCACUACACUUCUCUUUCAUUUAAAAACAGUAUUGCACUGAUUAAAAGAAUAAAUUUUUGCACUGUUUAAAAGAAUUGGUUUAAAAAUAAACGGGAUCAUAAAGUGGCCUAAACCACAAGGCCUAUAGUGGAUGUGUGCUGAACUUCAAUUGUGAACCGCCCUGUGAUCUUUUGAUGAAGGGUGGUAUACAAAUUUAAUAAAGAAAUAAAAUGGUCUCACCCACCACUGCUAUAUUGUACCCACUGUGUUCCAAAUAGCAUGGCAACUGAAAACUCAGUUGCUGCUCUGAUAGUAGCUUACAGCAAAGGAGAAGUUUGGGGUCAGUAUUUAGGAGUCAUAACACCCUUCAACUGCUUGAAUUAGGUUGCCAGAGAAGACCAUAAUACACCAGUUUUUAAAAUUUGUAAUAUCCUAAUUCAUUAUUUUCGGCAUUAUAGCAAUCAGAUAGUGUGAAUGCCUGACAGCUUAAAGAAUGAAACAGACAAAUUACCAGCGCCUAACUAGGAAUUCCAAGCAGGAUAGAGUUUGCUUCGUUCAAGAAUUCCUUCUGCAAAAGGCAGGGACAAAGGACAGUUUGGGCUUUUGCUGGACAGACUUGAGGAGGGACUUAAAAAUGUUCAAGUUUCCCGAAAUCACAAGGUUCUUCAUCAGGCAGAAAAGUUUUCUGCGUGGGAACCUGGACUUGUCAACGUUCUGUCGCCUUUCCUCCUGUGCCUUGUUCCUCGUUUUCCCUUGGGCUUGGCUCGUGACUUUUCCCAGCAAUUCCCUGCCUCCCCCCUCCCCCCGUUCCUCUACUUUUCAAAUAGUACCAUUCCAGGAGUCAUAAAUCUGCCUAUCUUUCAGCCCCAGUCCCAACGCUGUGUACGGCGGUGGCUAUUUACAGCGUGUCCCAAGAAUGCCAAGCGGGGGAUGCACGCUAUGUGCUGCUUGGGUGAAAACCAAUAUCGGUUCCAAUCUGCCCCCUCCUCACCCACAUGCCUGGCUGCACGCUUUCCUUCUGCAUGCAGGCACACCAUGGCUGGGCCGGGCUCUGUUCAGAGAAGAACAAGAAGUUGAAUUAACAGCAGAAGGCUUGGUCUAAUUCUGAUCUGAGGUGGCAUCCCAAUAUCUAGGAGGCACCACUUCAAACUGCCUUGGGGGGGGGCAGCAGAGGAUAACAUAAUUGUGAGUUGCUUCAUGCAAAAAAAUCUUCCCAUCUAGAAGAUUGGCAUGUCCAGGAGACCAAGCUAGAACCUUUCCCCCUGAGUUUACUGCAUAAAAGGAUUAUUAUUCUUUGCAUGAUAGCGUGUACAUGUCAUGGGAGCCCCCACCCUAAAUGGUACAGUCCUGACUUAGGAUGACCAAUGCAGUGAGAACUAGGUCUGUCUGCAGCUAGAAAAGUGAUGGGGAAAUGCACUGGAAAGCGUGGAUUGAACAGAUGGUUAAUGGGAAGAUGUGUAUACUCCACAACAAGCAAAUCAGGGUGAAUGCUUAUUGUCCUAUAAAUGUCCCGCAAACAAAUCAGAACAAGUGCAAGCAAAUCAGAGUGAAUGCCCAAUAAACAGGUUGUCUGGAGGAGCCCAUUACUAUUCAGGGCCUAUUACUGAAUUAUUUCCUAAUCAUAGCAUCUCACUUUCCUUUUUUGCUGCUUUGGGCAAGUGCCAUAUCAGACUAUAUGCACCAGAGGGCAGCCUUGACUUUCAGCAUUUUUUUCAGGCAAGUGCCACAAACUUAAUAUAUUAGUCAUGCUGUCAUUCUCCACUAUGAACAAAUUUUCUGACAAUAGCAAUAACUUAGUGUAACUUAAAGCAAAGUACAUAUGCUUUGAAAUAGUCACAUACUCUUCUCCUGCAUAGGCCUGCCACUAUUUCACCUCCUUUCUCUGUUGUUUCCCUGUGCUUAUUAUGGAUUGUAACUUCCAUGAUACAGGGACCUGUUGUGCCCAUUUUCUUAAAGUGUCAAGGACAUAGAUGGUGAUAGACAGAUUUAACAAUAAUGCGGAGGAGGUGGAAGAGGCUUACGGGGUGUGUGUGUGUAGUUUUGCUGCUCUUAGCCACUCUCAAAAGUUGAUUAUAGUUCCUUAUUUUAACAAUUUCCCCCUAACUUUACUGCACCUUAGUAUCUCAUAAUCCAAUUAUAGGCUGUCUGCCCACACUGUGAACUAUCAGUCCUCAUGCAGCACAUCAGCCACGAAUUAUAGUCCAAUCAGGAUUAUGAAAGUGUCUGCUUUUGCAGCAUGCCUGAGAAAACAACAAUAUAAACUGGUGAGGGUUUAUGUCUAGCAGGGCACACAACGCAAUAUAAAUUGGCUUGGUAUAGCUUGUGCCCCCCAAAAUUGUACAUUGGAAAUAAAGGAAGCUCUAAAAAAUGUUCACAAAAUGUCACAUGAUGAGAUGGAUGUUUUCCCAAAUGCUGCCACAAACAAUAAGCAGAAAGUAGCCACAAAACUUGUGCAAUCACAUUCUUCAUAGCUCUGAACAGUAACAAUAUAUGUGGGAGAGAUAAUUAUAGUUUUGCCAUGGUCAAAAUACUGCAUUGGACUGCUCUGAAAAAUGUGGUGUCUUAAAGGGAGAAAGUCCUUUAGUGGUGGGGCCAGUGCUGGGUUGGAGAAGGUUUCUGCAAGGUGGGCUUCUUCCACAUAGGCAGGCCCUACAAUUAGGCAGCGAGAAACAGCUUCAGGCAGCAGCAGUCCCUCCAGUAUUCUCAGUGAAUCUCCUAAACCAGGUUUAGGGGACUCUUGGCCUUCCAGAUGUUGCUGAACUAAAAGUCCCAUCAGCCCCAACAAGCAUGGCCAACAGCCAAGAAUGAUGGGAGUUGUAAGUUCAACAACAUCUGGAGGGCCAAAGGUUCCCCACAUCUGCCCUAAACUAGCCUGCCACCAUUAGGUUCAGUGGAGGCUGUUGUCCCAUCACCAGUGUUGAAAUGAUUCAAUUGCCAGUGCAGGACAUGGAAUGAGGGGCAUCACCGACUCCUUUGUCCCAUUCAAGGUGUGCACUCUGCAGCCCAAGAAAGCAGCAGUUGCCCUAGCCACCUGCCAGAAUUGGCCCAGAAAAACUUCUGGUCACAGGAGCUAAAAGGUUUCCGUACCCCUGGUCUACACUGAUCGGCAAUAGCUCUACAGAGUUUCAGGUAGGAGAUGUUCCCAGCUUUAGCUAGAGAUGCUGGGAAUUGAACCUGGGACCUUCUGAGCUUCAGCCCUUCCUCAAAAGAGAAGAGACACUUGUUAGGUGAUGUAGGGAAGAAUUAAAGACUCCUUCAGUGGGGAUUGUUUUCUCCACACAGCACAGGGAAUGGGGCAGCCAGCAUUAAGAAUCUCAUGAUUUCAUUCUUGUGUCUUGCAGGAUGAGGUGAAGCUGCCAACCAAGCUGAGCAUUAGUAAGUCUUUGAAAGAGACAGAAAAAGAAGGGGAAGAGGUCGUGGUGGAUGAGGAGCACCCUGAAGAGGAACAUAUUGAGCUCUCCUCAGAUGAAGAGGUGGAGGUGGAAGAGAUUAUUGAGGAGUCACGGGCAGAACGCAUUAAGAGGAGCGGCAUGAGGAAAGUGGAUGACUUCAAGAAGGCCUUCUCCAAAGAGAAGAUGGAGAAGACCAAGCUGAAGACCAGAGAGAACCUGGAAAAGACCAAGGUGAAGACAAGAGAAAACCUGGAGAAGACCAAGCAGAACCUGGAGAAGACCCGACACAACCUGGAGAAGAGGAUGAACAAGUUGGGCACCAAGAUUGUCACCAAUGAGCGCAGGGAGAAGAUGAAGACCUCCCGGGAGAAGCUGAAGAAGUCCUUCACCCCUGACCAUGUGGUCUAUGCACGCUCCAAGACAGCUGUCUACAAAGUACCACCUUUCACGUUCCAUGUCAAGAAGAUCCGAGAGGGGGAGGUGGAAGUGAAGGCCACUGAGAUGGUGGAGGUUGGUGGGGAUGAGGCAGAGAACACAGAUCUGAUGAGGGGUGAGAGCCCUGAGAUGAGCACCCUCUUGCAUAUUAAAGAAGAGGCGGACACGAUGCUGGCAGACAAGAGUGACAGCGAGUGAGGCUAGAGUGGCAUUGGAAGACCAUCAAGAGCUGACCAUGUAAUCUUUCACGUUUCCCCUUUUUGGCCUCACAUGAGUGUGCACUCACACACACACAAUAUAUAUAUAUAGAUCUUGCAGCCCCGCCCCCCAAAUGCGGCACGAAGGUGCAUUUUUGUAUAUUUCUGUUUCAGCAUAUAGAGCACAGGACUUCAUAGCAAUCCAUCAAACACCAUUCCUACGACCAAGAGCUUGCUUUGCCUGCCAGCCUGCUGUGGCAACACCCCUCGCCCGCCCACCCCAAGGUGCUAUCAGCAAAGCAAUCCAUUUGCAUGCCCAAGAAGCAUGCUGCCUCUUAACUAUUCUCCUUGGGGCUCAAGAAUGCUUCCAGGGACCAGAAGACAAGAUUAGAUGGACAGAAGGAAGAGCAGCGUGGUGCAGAACUGAAAGAAGAAAGGGUUUGGCACAGUACUUUACUGAACUGGGGGAGGAAAAGUGACUGAGGAGGGAUGCAAAUGUAAUGCCAUGCGAUGGUGCAAGAGGGAGGUCUGUGCACCCUGCAAACCAUUUUUCAAGAGAUUAUUUUUUAUGCAGUCACACUCUAAGGGCCUUAUAUUUGCACACAUGAAAGAACAGCAGCUGCCACUGUGCACGCUGGAAGGAGGAGAGGAGAGGAAAGGUGUUGAGGCAAGGUCCCCUCCAAGCUAUUUGGGCUGUUCGCUGGGUCUGGCCAGGAGCCAUGCUUGCAACAUGGCUCCAGUGGUCAGUGCUCAUUUCCUGGGUUAGGGCAUGGUGGGGAGUGGCAGACCAGUAGGUGUGGCUGUGAAAGAGAACAGAGAGCACAGAGAAAAGGUGGAUUGGCUGCAAGCAAAGUGUUAAUAGCAAGAGCCAAGAGGAAACUCUUGUUCGGUUAGCCAGCCACCUUAACCCCUGUCCCUGAGCUGGAUCCUGCGCACUGAAGAUGGCUUUCUACAGUGCCUGGGUUCCAGGUCAACAUCUGUGCCUUCCUGCUAGACUGACUUGCAGCAGCCCAUUUUUAACUCGGGCACUGCUAUUUGGGUGCUCUCCAAUGGGGUACCCAUAUGGGUUUGCUGUCACUAUAGUGACUGAACUUGUUGCUUGGGGAGGGCUGUGGGGAGGGGGCGUUCAGUGACCCAAGACAUCUUCAUUGUGUGGGUAAGGUGCUUGUCAGCAAACUCCCCACACUUCCUUAUAGCUACCUCUUUGGGCUUUUCUUUUUUUAAAAGUUUGUGGGUGAGUCUGAAGCCUCACUUUUUCCCCAAGCACCACCAAAAAGAGGCUUCUUUCCAUGGUGUUCAACACAUGCAGCUGCCUACACACACAUCUCUGGUCCACCAGUUUAAUGAAGUGGUUGAGCAGCCCCCUCUUCCCCACCUCCUGCUGUGAUUCUCCCACGCUCCCCUGUGGGAUUAAGGAGGGAAAGUCGGCAGCAUGCUCGGUCCCAGCAGCGAACUCUGCCAGGGUUUCCUUGGCAGUGGUGCCAACAGGGCAAGAUUUUGGGGCAGAUUUUGGAGCAGGUGGGCCCCCAAACCUAGCAAAGGCAGCUUUACCAUAUUUUGAAACAAGUAAUGCACAUUGCCACCUGCAGCAAUGAAGUAGUAAUGCAUUGCCAUAUAAGCUAAAAGGCCAAAAAAGGCCAUUAAGUCCAGAGCCUAAAACAACCUACUAGUGACACUGUACCUCCACCAUUCCAUGCCCAGCAUUUCCACCACAACCUAUACCAAUGCUGCCUGCUCUAGCAACUCAGCCAGUAGCUUGGCUGAGCAUCCAUAGACCGGUAAGGAGGUAGAGGGGUGUGUGUGUGUGUGUGUGUGUAUAUAGGGAUGUUCUUACUCAACCAUGGAGUGUGCAAGCUCCCACUACACUAGAGUUUCCAGUGAGCCUUUCUGUUCUUGUUACGUUGCUGUGGAUCUUGCGUCCGGGAGAAGACAGGAGUGCCCAGAGUACCAGAUAUGCUUGGACUUUUCUUAAGGCCAUCACACAUAGGGCAGAGACCACACACCACUCUGGGGAGAGAGCAAGGGGCAGGGGGAGGGUUGUGCCAAGCUGCUGCAUUGUUCCUUUUCUAAGACUGCAUCCUGGUGAGCAGCAUGACUAAUAAACUUCCUUUUCUAAAAGAACAGGUGUGAGGUGUUUGCAAGGGGCAGGGGGGAGAGCGGCAUCAGGCAGGUCACUCGGGCAGGUGCAACGCAGCACCAAGCCACACACAUUAAGGGGACUUCCAGGCUCGCUUUGUUUCAGGUGGGAUUCAGUCACUGCCAAAUUCAGGUUGUGUAGCAAAAGCCAACCUGCUGCUCUUGCUAACCAUACUUUCUGUGCCGUAAGGAAAGCGACGGGGAAAACACACUGGAAAGUGGGACAGUGGUUUCUUGACACAAUAUUGUACAACGUCACUGCAAACAAAUUAGAAUGAAUGCUCAAUAAAUAGCCAACAUCGUCUGACCUCCCUGCAGACUUUGUGCACACAAAUGCUC